UGACAAGAUGUGUAAAGCUCUGUACGCGAUCAUCUUUCUCGCGGCGAUUGUGAGUCCGCUGGCGGAGUCAGGUCGCAUCCGAAAGCGAAACAUUCCCAAGCUAAAAUUGGGUGUCUACCCCACGUAUAACGAAGUUCUGGAGUAUUUAAAUCAGUUGGCCUUAACUUAUUCUGAUCGGGUGACUCUAAAGGAUGUGGGACGCUCUUACGAAGGUAGAUCCCUGACAGUUGCAAUGAUAACGAACGGAGAUGGAAGACCGGGCAAGAGAGUGAUAUUCCUGGAUGCCGCUCUGCACUCUCGCGAGUGGAUGACCCCCAUCACUGCCCUAUAUGUAAUCCAAAAACUGGUAGUGGAGUUCGAGGAUAACUCCGAUCUUCUAAGAGAUUUCGAUUGGCACAUUAUGCCAUUGGCGAAUCCAGAUGGCUAUGAAUAUUCCCGGAAUAUGAACCGCUAUUGGAGAAACACGAGGACACCGAAUGGCAGAGGGUGUAUUGGGACCAAUCUCAAUCGGAACUUUGAAGUUGGUUGGGGAGUUGGUUUUCCGGAAUUAAGAGAUCCCUGUGAUGAGAAUUACGCGGGAAGUGCACCAUUCUCUGAGGUUGAGGCCCGUACAGUCCGCGACAUAAUGCACAGCCUGGUGGAAAGUAAUCGUGCUGCCAUGUAUCUCUCCCUGCACACGGCAAACCGUUCAGUUUUCUAUCCUUGGGUCUAUGACACCGCUCCUGUUCCGAACAAGGAAGAACAUGAUGAAAUCGCCAAGUUCGUGAGCCGCAAAAUACUUGAAAGUACGGGCACGGUCAUCAAGCCGCGGCAGGCUUCACAAUACGCCGGAGCUUUUGGCGGGACCAGCAUGGAUUACGCAUACCACGCGGGCUUCCCUUUAUCCUUUGUCUUCGAGAUGUCGGGAACGGGCAGGAAUGGUAUGGAGUACAAGUUCUUCCCUCCAGUUUCGGAGAUUCGUUACUUGGCUGACGAAUCGUGGACGGGAAUAAGAGCGUUUGCCGAGAAGGUGAUUGAGUUAUAUCCGCCUUCAAGGCAGGUACUUUAUUCCCAAAAACUUAUGCUGACCGGAAGUGCAGCUCCACAAAGUAGGGUCUUAGACUCAAAGCUUGGAGCAGUCAUUUUGUUUUUCGCAUAUUUUAUCAACAAUAUUUGAAGUUGAAGGAACCAAAUAACUCGAACAUAUAAACCGAACUAGUUACAAACUAGAUUAUUAUUUUUUUGAGUUGAACUAGUCAACUAGCAAACUCAAAUUCAUCUCGUUAAUAAUCAACCUUGCAGCUUUUUCAUAAAUAUUUAACACAUAAACAAUA